UCCUUAAAAAAAUGGAGUUUGUCCUGCGCGCUCCCAAACUGCAGGCGCAAGACACAGAGCAAAGGCGGAGCAUACCAAUUUAGAUUAAGCUUCCUACUUCAAAUUCAAUUUUUCUACCUAAAACCUAGUGGAUCUACGUCAAAUUUGUGGCUGUGCUGAGUAGUAGGUUUACAUGCAGUGUCGUGCUUACUAAGGUUAUAAAACAAACAAAGUCAUUCAUCUGAUUUGCGCAUUUCCCCAUCCAUCUUUCUCAGCUACAACUGCCGGCUCUUCUGGUUCCUGAAUUGCUCUGGAGAAUGGAAAAUCCUGGAAAGAAGGUGUUGCUUACCUCUAAUGCUGAUGAUGUCUGCAACAAUAUUGCCUUCCAUUUAGCUCAGCGUGGUUGCCAAUUGGUUUUGGUGGGUAAUGAAAGAAAAUUGAAGGGAGUUGCUGAAAUGAUAAGGCAAUCUCUAGAUGGCAGUGUUGUGGUGGAGGUGGUUGGCUUGAAUAUGGAGGAUGAGAGAGAGAUAGCUUUUGAUGAAGCAGUGGACAAGGCUUGGAAAAUUUUGGGCUAUUUGGAUGCUUUAGUGCACUGCUAUUCUUAUGAAGGGAAGAUGCAAGAUCCUCUUGAAUUAGCCGAAGAUGAGUUCAAGAAGAUAGUUAAAAUUAAUUUCAUGGCUGCUUGGUAUUUGUUGAAAUCUGUGGGUAAACGUGUACGGGAUAGAAAAUCUGGAGGAUCUAUUGUAUUUUUAUCGUCAAUCAUAGGUGCUGAGAGAGGAUUAUAUCCAGGAGCUGCUGCAUAUGGUUCGUGUUUGGCUGGAGUGCAGCAUCUAGUCAAGUCAUCUGCAAUGGAGAUGGGGAAGCACCAAAUAAGGGUAAAUGCAAUUGCUCGUGGCUUGCAUCUCCAUGAUGAGUAUCCUCUAUCUGUGGGAAAGGAGAGGGCAGAGAAGUUGGUCAAGGAUGCUGUGCCUCUAAACCGAUGGCUUGAUGUCAAAAAAGAUCUAGCUUCAAGUGUCAUCUAUCUGAUCAGUGAUGACUCUCGCUACAUGACAGGAACCACCGUCAUUGUUGAUGGUGCCCAGUCUUUAGUAAGGCCUCGUUUGAAAUCGUAUAUGUGAUGUGUUUUUGCGCUGUAUGUUGUGGCACAGAAAUAUGUCUACUGGCCUAUAUCAGAGAAUAAUUACUAGUACUAGCAAUGAAUGUAGUUAAACCCUUGAUAAAAUUGUCUUGUACUUGAUAUCUGAAAUCUGAAUAAUAUAUUGGUGUUUUUUUUGGUCUAA